ACCCAAAGACGCAUGGCACUUUUUCGGUCAUGGAUUUUGUAAAAUAUAUAGGUUUACUUACAUGCAUCCUCACAACGGUUAACUGUCAACAAACAAGGCAACGACAUACGGAGACAGAUGAUUAUUUGAGAUCAGCAGACCAAACUCAGGGACAAUAUGAAAGAGCAAUUCCAGCAAUCUGGGGAAGCUGGCAAUUGACCAACCCGUGUUCCGUGUCAUGUGACGGCCAGGGAUUCCUACAGCGGAACCGGGAGUGCUCCACGGGGUCGAUCUCUGAUUGCGAGAGGGGCGGCGGUCGCAGCUGGGAAGUCACGGUGUGUAAUAACGGCCCGUGCACAACGCCGAGCGGACCCGCAGCCUGGAGCCCAUGGACGGAGAAGCAAAGUUGCUCCGUGACCUGUGACGGCGGCUACAAGGAGCUGGUGCGCACGUGCUCCACCGGCAACUACAACGACUGUAAGGGCCAAUACUGGAGCGUCCAGGGCUGCAACAAGGAACCUUGCAGUCCAGAAUGGCUGGAAUGGGGCGCGCAGUCCUCGUGUAGUAUGACAUGCGGGCUGGGUGUGGCGGCGCGCUACCGGACAUGCAACUCUGGGAGCCUAACAGACUGUACAGGGAAGUCGUACCUACUCGAGGCUUGCCAAGUCAAGGCAUGUGAAGCACCUUCAACCACGCCUGCACCUACCACUCUUCAGCCAGCUUCGUGGACGGCAUGGCACACAUACAUCCAGUGCUCUAAGACUUGCGGGGUCGGGUUCGGGGAGCGGGUCAGGGAGUGUUCUUCCGGUAACAAUAAUGACUGCGUAGGUAAUGCAUGGGACGUCUCUUCCUGUAACAUCGCCGACUGCAGCGUGGACGGUACCUGGGCGGAGUGGAGCACAUGGACUUCAUGUCCGGUCACGUGCGGCACGGAUCGAGUGACCCGAAACCGGAGCUGCUCGUACGGGGACGGAGGGACCCCGGGAAAACCGUGUGAGGGCGACAGCACCGAGAGUCGAGACUGCAACACGGGCGUUUGUCCUGUGGAUGGAACGUGGGCGGACUGGAGCUCGUGGAGCACGUGUUCUCAAACGUGCGAUGACGGACAACAACAGCGAUCGAGAACCUGCACGUUCUCCAGCAACGCACCGCAUGGGGCGGACUGUCCUGGUAACGCCAUGGAAACCAAAACAUGUAGCCAGGGACUUUGUCCAGCGGACGGUGCUUGGGCCGAGUGGAGCAGUUGGUCCGAUUGUACGAAGACGUGUGGGGACGGAAUCAGGUUCCGGGCACGAAUAUGCCUGUUUGACAUGAACCGGCCUCAUGGGGCGGACUGUACAGGGGAAGUCUCACAGAGGGACACGUGUAACGUAAAACAGUGUAUAGCUGACGGACAGUGGAACCAAUGGGGCGGCUGGUCUCAGUGUACGCACACGUGUAAUGGCGGGAAACAGUCGCGGGGCCGCGUGUGUCUGUACACCCCAGGGUUCCUGCACGGGGCGCCAUGUCCAGGCGACUCCAUCGCCAUACAGAACUGCGGGACGUCCGAAUGUCCAGUGGACGGAAUAUGGGGCCCCUGGUAUCCGUGGGGCACGUGCAGCCAAUCGUGCGACACGGGGCGAACCACGCGCAGCCGCACGUGCAUGUUUCGAACACGCGACCCGGCGACACCGCACGGGAAAGAGUGUGACGGCGAUAUGACACAGCUAAAGGACUGUAACACAGAUGUAUGUCCAGUGGAUGCUCGCUGGUCCACGUGGUCGGCGUUCACCACGUGCGAUAAGACGUGUGGCGGCGGCAGGCGCGCCCGGACGCGACACUGUAUCUACGACCCCGUAGCGCCGAUGGGCCUCAACUGUACUGGCUCGACGGAGGAAUCUGAACAAUGCAACACCGUUGAAUGCCCAGUUGAUGGAGUCCUCCAAUCUUGGAAAUCCUGGUCCCACUGCACAGUCACGUGCGAGGGCGGGACCCAUUCCCGGACACGUGACUGCUAUUUCCCGCUAAAUCGUCCACAUGGUGAUAACUGCACGGGGCCGUUACGGGAACAGGAAAUCUGCAAUGACAAUAUGUGUCCAACUACAACGCCGGCUACAACGACAACAACGUUAGCUACAGUCGAAGGCCACUGGUCCAAAUGGGAUCCAUGGACAAUCUGUACGCAGUCAUGCGGAACGGGAUCCCAGUACCGAGAGCGGCACUGCACGUAUCCCGACCACACCCUGCACGGAGAAAAGUGUCCCGGGCCCCUCAAUCAGACGCGGGAGUGUAACACACAACACUGCCCUGUGGAUGGAAAAUGGUCCGACUGGUCAACCUACAGUAGAUGUUCAGUGUCGUGUGGCAACGGCACCCACACGAGGUCAAGGACGUGCGACUUUGACCCCAGAUAUGACAGCGGAGAUAACUGCACUGGACCUGCCUCAGAGUCCGGCAUCUGCCAAGCACCAAAGUGUCCAGUGGACGGUGUUUUCCAAGAUUGUGGUGCCUGGAGUGUUUGCCCGGUGACAUGUGGGGGCGGAAUCCAGGACAGGACCCGCAUCUGCUUCUUCCCGCCCGACACGCCCCAUGGACAGGACUGUGGAAACUACACACACGAAAAUCAAACUUGCAACAACAACAAGUGUCCAGUUGACGGUGUACUCACGGAAUGGUCAGAAUGGUCGGCGUGCACGGUGACAUGUGGAGGAGGGACCAUGUACCAUAACCGCACGUGCUAUUUCCCACCUGACGUUCCUCAUGGACUCGACUGCAAAAGGCGGCUUGAGAACACAAAGACGUGUAACACCAACAAAUGUCCAGUUGAUGGAUACUGGAGCGCGUGGUCCGACUGGCCCAAGUGUUCAGUCACGUGUGACGGGGGAAACCAACAGAGGACCAGACAUUGCGUAUACGACUCCCACGCCCCAAAAGGGACACCAUGUGCGGGUAGUGGGUCAGAAGAUAGGGAAUGCAAUACAGACCAAUGUCCAGUUGACGGCAAUUGGAACGCGUGGAAGGCGUGGUCUCCAUGUUCGGUGACGUGCGAAAAUGGUACCCACACGCGACACAGGGAGUGCCACUUCAUAAAAACCGCCCCAAAAGGAAGAGAUUGUAAUGGCAGCGCCCUCCAGUCGGAAGGCUGUAAUGAUGGAAUCUGCCCAGUUGACGGAGUGUGGGAGUCAUGGACCGCCUGGACGCCUUGUACGGUGAGCUGCGGAAACGGCACCACGACACGUGAUCGGAACUGCUUCUUCCCGCUCGACGUUCCCCAUGGCACAGACUGUACUGGUGACACCUCCGAGCUGCGGUCCUGCAACGAAACAUUAUGUCCAAUCGACGGGGUAUGGGCCUCAUGGACCACGUGGUCAGACUGUUCGCAGACAUGCGGUGGCGGAAAUACGACCAGGACUCGGAACUGCACCUACGACCUUUUAGCACCGAGGGGACAGGAGUGCCCCGGCGAUGCGGUCGAGAGCAGCCUGUGCAACAUCCAGAACUGCCCAGUGGACGGUUUAUGGUCUUCCUGGAGCAAUUUCACGGAAUGUACGACCACGUGUGGGACCGGAAGUCAGUACCGGGUUAGACAAUGCGAGUUCCAACCCGGAUAUCCCCACGGAGAAAACUGCACCGGACCGUCCAACGAGAAUAGCAACUGUAAUGAAAACCCGUGUCCAGUGGACGGAGUUUGGACCGCGUGGGUUAAAUGGUCGGUCUGCUCGGCGAGUUGCGCGGGCGGCACGAGGAACAGAUCACGCACGUGCGACUUCCCCGAACCACCGAUCCCGCACGGAUCCCCGUGCAAUGGUUCCGCGGAGGCAAUGGAGAACUGUAACAUUGAGAAAUGUCCCAUCGCUGGCCAUUGGUCAAACUGGAGCUUACCGACGGACUGCAGCCUGUCGUGUGGGGGCGGAGUUCAGACCCGAAACAGGUCGUGCGUCUUUGACGACCCUGACGCACCUCACCUUUCCGAGUGCUUCGGAAACACGACGGAAACACUCGACUGUAACACACAGCACUGCCCGGUUGACGGUGUAUGGAAAGCCUGGAACGCCUGGCACCAAUGUUCGGUGACCUGUGGGGGCGGGAACAGAGUGCGAGAUCGGGACUGCUUCUUCCCACCGGACAUUGCGCAAGGGGAAAGCUGCGCUGGACAAAAAACUGAAAUUGAGCAGUGUAACACAAACCUAUGUCCGGUGAAUGGGACGUUUACGGCGUGGAGCGACUGGACUUCCUGUUCUCAUACGUGCGGGGACGGUUCACAAUUCCGCACGCGGAAGUGCGAGUUUAACGGCGGACCGCCCGGUGUGAACUGUACCGGGAACUACAGCGACUCGCAGACGUGUAAUAUCGCCGUAUGCCCAGUUGACGGAAAGUGGGCGGCUUGGGAGCAAUGGACAUACUGUACGGCCACGUGCGGAACUGGAUCCAGGUCACGUAAUCGCACGUGUUUCUUCCCGUCCGAUAAGCCAAAGGGCGAUAAUUGCACGGGACCAGACUCUGACAGCGCGAUCUGCAACACACAACUCUGCCCGGUUGAUGGCACGUGGAACCAGUGGGGAUCGUGGACGCCGUGCGUAGAAACGUGUGGAAACGGAACUUCGACAAGGAAUCGCACUUGUGAGUACCUGCCUCUUGGGUCACCACCUGGGAAUCCGUGUCCCGAAAGUGACAGGGACGUCAAAUACUGCAACACAGACCCAUGUCCAGUUGAUGGGGUGUGGGGAUUCUGGACGCACUGGACCGCAUGUGACGUCACGUGCGGCGGCGGGAACAAAACACGUGACCGCCCUUGCAACUUCCCUAGUGACCACCCUCACGGAGACAACUGUACUGGUAACAGUCAGGAGAUGGAUAUCUGCAACACGAACCUGUGUCCAGUGAAUGGUGACUGGGGUUCAUGGGGCGAGUGGACAAAGUGUUCCGCCACGUGCAACAUUGGCCAGCACUCGCGCAACCGCACGUGUGUGUACGACCCCGUAGCGCCGAAGGGAGCUAAAUGUCUGGGCAGAGACCACAUGGCAGGCUUCUGUAACGAUGGUUACUGUCCACAGGACGGCGUUUUAUCCGAGUGGGGGACCUGGAGCGCGUGUUCGGUCACGUGCGGUGAUGGAAUGGAGUCACGUGACCGCUCGUGUGUGUACCCUAUCCCCCUGGCGCCUCACGGGAAACCUUGCGAGGGCGAGACUAACAACACCCGGGCCUGCCUCAAUGUCACUCAGUGUACAGUUGAUGGAGUAUGGAGUGAGUGGAGUACGUACGGCGCAUGCUCCGUAACCUGUGGCAAUGGCGACAAGAUAAGAACGCGCACCUGCGACUUCACACCGGGUCAUCCUCAAGGGCACAACUGCGUGGGGAAUUCUACUCAGAGCAUCGGCUGCACAAUGCGAUCAUGUCCAGUUGAUGGGGUUUGGGAGUCUUGGGAGGCAUGGGAUGUGUGCACACGAACUUGUGGAACAGGAACUAAGGUCCGAACCAGGGACUGCUUCUUCCCUCCGCGCGUAACACAGGGAGAUUUCUGCACCACUGGAAAGAGCAAGGAAACCGUGGACUGUAACACAAACCAGUGUGCAGUGGACGGAACGCCUGGACAAUGGACUGAGUGGACAAGUUGCACGGUAUCCUGUGGGGGCGGAACGCAAACUCGAACCCGAAACUGUACAUACCCGGAAAACUCUGUGCAUGGCGAGGAGUGCAAAGAUUCUCUUUCUGAGAACCGCAAUUGUAACUCGGAUGUCUGCCGAGUGGACGGUGUAUGGAGCUUGUGGAGUGCAUGGGGGGCAUGUAGUGUCACGUGCGCUGACGGAACACAAUUACGGACAAGGAGCUGCACAUUCCCCCCAGACGCCGCGAAGGGCAAAGACUGUGGAGGCAAUGGAAAUGCAACUCAGACUUGCAACCUCGGUGGAUGCCCUGUGGACGGCUUUUGGGGCGCUUGGGAAAGCUGGAGCGCUUGCAGCGUUACUUGCGGAAAUGGACAACAAACACGGGACCGGAACUGCACAUUCCCCCCGGACGCUGUAAAAGGGACUGAAUGUCAAGGCCAACCUCAAGACCAUCAACAAUGUAAUGAUGGACCAUGCACAAAAAGAAAAUGUCAGGUGUGCGCCGGCCCCGUCCUGAUAUGCGAGAGCCUUUUUAGAGAAGAAGAAUGUCCUCUGGACAAGCAAUACUGCAUUAAUGAGCUCAACAACAAAGUCGAUGCUGCAAGACAUGUUAUCAGGAGGUGCGGAACAUUGGAAGAAUGCCACAACGGAUGGUUUAGCAAAUAUUCCUCAACCGACAAGUGUCUCAACUUCGACGAGAAAUUCGUCUAUACAAGCGCGUUCGAGUGUGAGUUCUGCUGUGGAUCGGACAACUGCAAUCUGAAAGUUAAUCCACCAAAUAAAUAUUACCCAGUUCCUUAAAAAUAUCAAAGUAACAGUUGGGUGUGACUGUAUUUAAUAUUUAAGGUUAACUUUAGGCAUCCUAUGUUCGUUUUCAAAAAUCGGUGUGACCCCAUAUUAUUUUUCUAUCAAAUGAAAUGUUUAAACGUGUACCAGAAUAUUGUUUCAAGUAAAACACUAAUACAAAGAUCAUAAACA